UAUUACUUAAUCUAUGGACUUCUUACAGCUGCCAAAUUGUCAAGUGUCAAAGUCAGUUGAAAAUUCACUGAGCUGAAGAAAACUAAUUAUUAAUUAUAGAACGUAAAAGAUGAUCGGCUCAUCCCUUGUUACUGGUUUGCGGGCGGCACGUUCCUCGGUCGUGUUCACGAGGAACUUGGCGGCGGCUCCUAAGGCCGUAGACCCUAUCCAGCAACUUUUCUUGGACAAAAUCAGAGAGUACAAACAGAAGAGCUCAGGUGGAAAAUUAGUCGACCCAAGUCCAUCAAUCGAACGGGAACUCAAAACAGAACUAGAGAAGUUGGAGAGACAAUAUGGUGGUGGUUCCGGUGUGGACAUGACUGCAUUCCCCUCAUUCAAAUUUGAUGAACCCAAACUGGACCCCAUUGAUGAACAGGCCCCGCAAAAGUGAAGAGUUUGAUGAAAACCAUAGUUAAUUUAUACAGUAAUUUAAAGGAAAUGUCUAAUGCAUGCAUACAUUGUAUAUGUUCAGUAAUUUUGAUGAAUAAAUUAUUGUAUUAGGCA